CUGGCUAGAUUGGAUGUGGGGGAAAUAGGAAAUCUGUUCUGUUUAACGUCGCAUUCACAAACCUACAUCACAUAAUAUAACCCACACGGGAUCUAGUCUCGUCGUUGUUCCACAUAGAAUACAUUUCACACCGAGAGGUUUUUAUACCAGUCGGUAUAUAUCGACCCUACGGCCAUGAAGUCCUCGUCUAUGUAGCCGUGGCGGACGGGAGGGCUAGGAUGGCUGCGGAUGUGGAUAAAGGAAUACCCGACGAAGAAGAGAGUUGGACAACGGAGAGCGGGCGUCAAAAAAGUGGAUCUUACAAGGAUGAAACUCAUCCCGGUGGGAAGAAGAGAGGAACCGCUAUCGCCGGACGGAUCUGGACCCUUCUGAUCAUCUCCGUUAUCCCCGUCGUUGCUUUUGGAUUCAAAUAUUAUCAAGACGCGCAUCUCAUCAGGCGUCAUGAAGAGUCUGUACAGACCCUGGGGGCAGAGGGGCUCUUUCUUUUCUCCUCCUUGGACACAGACCAUGACCUGUUUCUCAGUCCUGAGGAGUUUAAACCUAUUGUUGAGAAACUCACAGGGAUUACACCUCCAGGAGAUUUCGAUGAAGAAGUGACCCACGGCCCUAAUGGAGAGACUCUGACCUUGGAUGCCAAAAUGCAGCCUUUGUUGCUUGAAACCAUGACAAAAAGCAAGGACGGAUUUCUUGGGGUUACCCAUAGUUCUCUGAGUGGGCUGCGGUCAUGGAAGAGCCCAGCAGUUCCCUCUUCUACCUUUUCUGCCAGCCAGUUCAAGGCCCUCUUGCCCCCUAAGAAUAAGGGUGAAGUGGGGGACACCUGGUGGGUGAUUCCAAGUGAGCUCAACAUCUUCACAGGAUACCUGCCCAACAACCGUUACCACCCCCCCUCUCCAAAGGGCAAAGAGAUUCUCAUCCAUUCCCUGCUCAGUAUGUUCCACCCUCGACCCUUCAUCAAAUCACGAUUUGCUCCUCAGGGCACAGUGGCCUGCAUUCGUGCCAGCAGUGAUUUCUAUUAUGAUAUCGUCUUCAGAAUCCAUGCAGAGUUCCAGCUGAAUGAAGUUCCAGACUUUCCAUUCUGGUUCACCCCGGGCCAGUUCACUGGUAACAUUAUCCUCUCCAAAGAUGCAUCCCAUGUCCGCCACUUCCACCUCUUUGUUCCCAGUGACAGGUCUCUGAAUGUGGACAUGGAGUGGCUUUAUGGAGCAAGUGAGAGCAGUAACAUGGAAGUGGACAUUGGUUUCCUGCCACAGUUGGAGUUGAGGUCUGCUAGUCCAUCUACACCCUCAUUCAUUCAGGAUGAGGAGGGCAAUCUCGUUAACAGUCGGGGUGAGGGUGGUGAACCCAUCCAAUUUGUCUUCGAGGACAUACACUGGACCUCGGAGAUCAGCCACCAAGAUGCCACUCACCAAGUGGAAGUCACCUUCUACCCUUUUAAGAAGGUGUCCUACCUACCUUUCACUGAAGCCUUUGAGCGAGCACAAGCAGAGAAUAAGCUGGUGCACUCCAUUCUGCUUUGGGGUGCAUUAGAUGACCAGUCCUGCUGAGGUUCGGGGCGAACUCUCCGGGAGACCGUCCUGGAAAGUUCGCCCGUUCUGGCCUUGCUCAACCAGAGCUUCAUUAGCAGCUGGUCUCUGGUCAAAGAGCUGGAGGACAUGCAGGCUGAUGAGCAGAACCCUGUGUUGAGCCAAAAAGCUCGACUACAUCUGGAGAAGUAUAACUUUCCUGUGGAGAUGAUGGUAGCACUGCCCAACGGUACUAUUGUCCAUCACCUCAACGCUAACUACUUCCUUGAUCAGACGGCCAUGAAACCAGAGGAGGAAGGAGCUACUUUCAGCUUCUCCGGGGGGUUUGAGGACCCAUCCACUUCUACUUACAUCCGUUUUCUUAAGGAAGGGUUGGAAAAAGCCAAGGAGCACAUGGCACAGUAGUAUUCUACAUGUGGUAUGAAGGGGUUUGGGGUCUAAAUUGGAGGACAAGGUAUGAAUUAAUCUCGAUAAUGAUCAAAGUUAAAUAAGAACCUGCACGUUUGUACCAGGAUAUGUUUUUCCUAGACUACUGGCAGCUGAAAAGUGUUUUUUUUUUUUUCAUUUUCUUUUUUAAAUAUUAUAUUUAUUUUGGCCUUUCACCUAUUCAGCAGUGAAGCUGAUAUAAACGUAUUCAUAACUAAUAAUACAAGUAAAUGAUCCACAGGUAAAAAGAAUUCUGCUUCUCCUCAAAGGCAGUUUUACUGUUCUUGUCAAUGCAUUUUGACUAAAUACAAAGGCCAAACAUAGAUUCCACCAUCUAAACAUAUUUAUACUCGGUUUUCUCUCUGCAUAAAUUACUAAUUAUUAAGUUUUAUGUAAUUUCUAGGCGGAGGUCUGCCAAGUCAUCAUUGAUCUUUGCUCAUAGUGAUCCCAUGCUUACACAAACUGCCAUAAUACAUCAUAAUAUUACAUAUAUACAUUCUUAUAUCACAAUAUUCACAAUAGUCGCUGUUUCUAACUUUUCUCUGCUGCUCAGCAUGCCUAGGGACAAGGCUGGUACUGCUGUGAACUGUUGUUGAGCUUCAAGAGUUUUUGAAGGCUUUGCCUGAAAGCUGUCUUUGGGCUGGGCAAGGCCUGAUGUCAUUGCUGAAGCCGCUGCAGGGAACACCCUUCUCUGGCCCAAAGGUGCGAAAACAGCAAGAAAAACUGGGUGGUAGCCCAUGAAAGGCACAAUUCUGUUUU